GUUAUCCUAAAAUGCUUCCUUUGUUUGAUAUGUUGCAUAGAUAUACUAGUAUACUAGAAUAAAAAUUUAUAGUGCCAUAGAAAUAACAAAUAAUGUCGUUUAAAAUUGAAGAUUUCCCUGAAUGUAUACUUCCAAAAUUAACGAUUAAAUUAAUUGGACAUUAUAGCAUCGACGGUGAUUCAAAAUAUCAUGCCGAUUUAUCGCAAAUGAAAUAUUAUGUGCCUCCUUCAGAUCCUGACAAUGUAUCUUUCGAUCUUAAUAAAGAUUCGAAGUCUACUCGUCACAGAUCUACUUCAUAUAUCAAAUUGGAUGAUAUAUUGAGAUGGAUUUCGGACAAUUUUAAUCUACUUGAGAAACCAUUAUCACGCGAAGGCCAGUGGUUGGAUACUGAUUUUAUUUGCGGUCGUGGCGCAUUAAAAACAAUAUUAUGUACCCCUUAUGAAAGAUCUAAAAACUGGAUUAUUUGUGCUAGCAAAUACCGUGGUACGAUAUAUUUAUGCGAAUUUUACACAAAUGAAAAAGAACAUCGACAUGUCAAUGCAACUACACAAGAAAAACGAUUGAGUUCAUUGGGAUACAAGUUUGAACAAUAUAUGGUAGCAGAUCAACCAUCGCAUAAACCAAAUACAUCAGUACCUCUUAAUGAAUGUAAAAAAUUUUACUGUGUAAUUAAAGCAAAUUUUGGAGAUCAUUCAUUAUUAUAUGGAGCAGAAAUAGAUGCUAUUUCCUCACCACAGCCUAUAACGGAUACACUUACUGGCAAAACAAUUGAAUUGAUUGAGUUGAAAACAUUACCAAUGAAAGUUUAUAAUGAAAUCGGCACAGUAUUGUACGAUAAAUAUGGCACAAUACCUCUUAAAACAGUAAUUAGAUGGUGGAGUCAGAAUUACUUAGCAGGAAUAGAAAGACUUAUAUGUGGAUUAAAAAAUAGAUAUGGGGAAGUGAAAAUGAUAAAAGAACAUCCUACGCAGAAUCUGCCAGAGCUUUCAAAACCUUGUUGUAAUGUGGGCAAAUGUAAAAAGUUUUGCAAAAUAUUUCUAGACCAUGUCAAAAAGUUUGUCAUCAAAGAUUAUAAUGAGUGCAUGUAUAAGUUUUACUAUGAUGCAUCUAAUGAUGUCAUAAAUUAUAGUGAAGAAGCUUCUAAUGACGAAAUGUAUUUCUUCUUAAAGUCAUGGUUUGUUGAAAAAGCAGAAAAUUAUAACAGUACUUUUCAGUAAAUACAUAAAUCUAAAGAAUAUUUUUUAUAUAAGGAAAGACGCACGUCAUGUGAAAAAAAUAGAUAGAUGCGCAAAUGCCAUGAAGUUAAUAAAAUAAACAAUUUUAUUUUAUGUGUUAUUGAAAUAAGAAAUAUGACUUUCUUUUUCUAUAGAAUAUGUAUGUGAAAUUAUUUUAAUGAUAACUUUCUAGUUUGUUAAUAUUUGAUAAAAAUUACUUUAUAUUUUAUAUAAAUGUUUACAAUUAAAUAUAAUAGGUUCACAUGUUUACUUUGACUGUACUUACUUGAACAAAAUAAAGAUUUUAUUGCAUAUAUAUCAAA